AUGGCGGAUCUGAAAGACGAAAGAGGAAACCCGAUCUAUCUCACGGACCAAGACGGCAAGCCAGCUCAGCUCAUGGACGAGUUUGGUAACGCCAUGCACCUGACAGGUGUCGCAACCACCGUUCCUCACCUCAAGGAGAGUAGCUACACCGGUCCACACCCAAUCACUGCUCCAAUCACCACCACCGAUACUCCUCACCAUGCACAACCUAUCUCCGUCUCUCACAACCCUCUUCAAGACCAUGAUAUUCGCUCGGUAUAA